UCCAGGGCGAUUGCAUGGACCGGCCUUCGGUCGUCGAUCUCGGCUCGUCGAUCCGGAGGGUCCCUCUGUGGGGAGCUGGCAAGAUGGGAUGGAAAAUCCGGACACGGGGCCGAAUUUGUUGGCCAUGCCGAAAUGAGCCUGGUGGGAGACCUGGAAUCGAUCAGUCACUGGUUCCCAGGAUCCUGCCAGCCUGCGGGUGGGAGCCUCUGGCGCCUCUGAGAGGACGAGCUCUGCUAUGGGCUGCAAAUUCCAGGUCCUCCUACUAAUUAUACACACCCACACACACACAGCCAACUGAACUGGCCUGGGGUUUUGUGGGGGCCCUUCCCAGACAUCCGGUGCUCGUUCGGCAGAGGAAUGAGGUGGCUUUGGAGGUCUAGAAGAAACGAUCGACAGUCUCUGGGUUGUGCAUAUUUCUUGCAGAGAUCGGCAAUCGACGGACUGGCAGACUGGCAGGCCUGGCAGGCCUGGGUAACCGCCGGGCCACGCGUUACCCACAGGUCUGGUCGUCUGUCGUCUGGUCGUCUGGUCGUUGGUUUCUUCUUUUCCCGCUGUGUGGUAACUUGCUCCAACUUAUCAACCUAAUCAUCUUAUAAUCUUACGCACAGUAGUCAGGUACGUGGUGAGUGGCGGUCUGCUCGGAUCUCAGCCCACCUGCCCAUGCCAGCCCUCUGCAAGUGGAAUGGCUUGACGAGUUAUUGAAUUCUGUGAUGCACUCUAAUAAUCCCGCUCUCGUCCCAUCUCUGCCGGGCCCCUCAAUGCUCAUCCAUCAUGGCCAAGCUCUGCCGAGGCCAGGGCCAGGGCCAGGGCCAGGGUCAGGGCCAGGUCACCCACACCCAACCCACAGCAUAUACCAGACAGAGUACUUAAGUACUUGAGCACAUACCAAUUACACACUCACGCACACACCUUCCCCUUCCGGGGGGGGCCCUUUCCUGUCCUCGCCGAAUUAAUUCUCUUGGACUGGACAGUAUAACAGAGUACGUACCCCGUACCUUGCUGUCCGAGUACCCUCCCCUGCCCUGUCCGUCCGUCUGUCUGUCCAUUCCUCGUGUCCUUGAGCUUGUUGGCCUUCUUCUUGUUUUGUUUUGUUUCUUCUUGUUUCUUGCAUUGCCAAUUGCCAAUUCCCCCAUCCCCACCAACCACCUGUCUGCCACCGACUUGACUUUUGUCUGGGUCGCCUAGCAAACAAGGUCUGACCCAGUCCCUAUACGGCCAGCCUAGGAGCCGUCCUCUUUCCUCCUCUUGCCCUUUCGAGCCUCGUCACCUCCUCCACGGCCGGUUUUGGUAGCGCCCCCCCCCCCAGAGCCUGGUGCCCACGCCUCACGCCUCACGCCCGGCCGCAUCCAAAUUUAACUCCCAGAGGAAUCCUACGGCCAAGGUUCUCGCAGCCUUUCAACGGCCCGACAUUCGAGCUAUUGAUCUGAUCAGUCAGAAUAUCGACCUUGGGCCCAGACCUCGAGCUUCCCUCUCACGCCCCCGCAGUUGUUGUUCCCGCGCCUCGCCCUGCGUCUCGCUGCUAGAAAACAAAGACGCUUUCUUCUCUGAGCGUCAUCACCCUAGCUCUCCAGCUGCUUGCGCAAGCUUGCCCUUUUGCACAUUACACCGCGUCUCUUCGUCUACAGUGUCGCUUCGGUCUGGCGUGUCCUAUUGGCUUGGCCUUCCGCUCUGCGGGAAGCGACUUAAUUUUACCCGUCCGCGUCUAAGCUAUUCUCGCCCUCGAGCAGGCCCUGGACAGACCCAAGCUUCUUAAGAUUAGCCUCUCCCUCCCUCCCCUCCUCCCCUCCUCCCCUCAGGCUUUACCUUGGUCAGCCCUGCUAGCCGUCUUCGUUCCCGAGUCCCGGCCCUACCUGAGGGCUAUCGCUACCUUGGCGCUACAUUAAAAGGGCAUGGGCCGAACCCGCCCCACGAGGUGAUCAAGAGCGAAUCCGGGUAAUCGCGCGACGAUCGUCUGCAUUUUUACCACCACGAGACCACCGUCCCGACGUCGAUCUUUUCAUACACCUCCCUCGGUGACCGCUACCGUCGGUCAUCAGUCACUCGUUGAGGAAACCCUGGGGCCGCCUGUGUCACCGGGUUAUGUUUCACAUGAAUCAAAUGUGUUGUGCAGCCACGAUAUGACCAUGGCUAUCCUCACCAGCCCUCUCCCUGACCACCUUGCCCACGCCGACACGGCGCCUUCAUCCACAGCCCGGCACCACAGGCCAUGGAUACAAUGGCCCAUGGCCCUGGGUCUUGUGCUGUCGCUGGCUUCGCCGGCGCUGGCCUACAAGGCCCAUACCACAAUCGAUGAGUUGCCACAGCCGACAGAGGCUCCAUACCUGGCCGAGGCGCUCUUGCUGGACACACACGUACCAGUCUUGGACCAGGGACGGUGGAUCACCAUGGAUCCGCCAGAGAAUGAGCUCCGGAGGAGGGCGACGGCCGCCCCUUCAGUUACCACCACAUUCGAGAUCACAAUAUCACAGUCGCCAACCGCCAGCCCACUACCCAGCCCCUUUGACGGUGGCAUAACAACAAACUUCACCUCCACCACCUGCCCAUCCUUUUUUGACAACAUGCUUGCCGAUCCCGAGUUGCAGGCGUGCUAUCCCGUGUCGUUGAUGCUUCAGAGCUCGCAGUCAUUUUUUGAGGCUGAGAAGUCGCUUGUCAGCAUAUCCACCGUGCUCGAUCAUGCGUGUGCGGCAGACCGCAUUCACUGCACCGAUUAUCUCGCCUCCGUGGCAAGGAAUUUGACCGACUCGAGCAAUUGCGGCCAGGACUAUCAAGCCAACAACCCGAUGAUCAGGGAAGCUUACCUGGGUCUCAUCUCCUACCAGGUCGUAUACAGUGCCACCUGUCUGAAGGACCCGGAAACAGCUGUCUAUUGUUUCGGAAACUCGGUGACAAACCAGACGAACCCGACGGAAACAUACUUCUACUAUCUACCUCUGAAUUCCACCCUGCCCGGCGGUACCGUGCCCAUCUGCGCACCCUGCCUACAGCAGACCAUGGAAAUUUACCAAGUGGCCACGGCGAACCGAAGGCAGCCAAUUGCCGACACCUAUGAUUCGGCCGCCGAGCAGGUCAACACUCUAUGCGGCCCCAGUUUCGCAAAUACCACCAUGCCCGAGGCCAUCGUGACCAGCGCCGGGUUCUCGACUCUAAGCCGAGGACCGUCAUGGUUGCUCCCCUCCACGGUGUUGAUCAUGGCAGCGAGUUGGCUUCUGUGAUAAUCUACCCACGCCCGACAUUGAUCGCCGCGGUUCUUUGCUUCAUCAUGUUGGCAUUUCUGCCAUAGUUUCGCCUUUACUCUACGACUAUACUUGGACAUCUAAGCGAUUUGAUACCCCUCAUACUAUACUGUUACUGUUUACAUUCUAUUCUUCUGGACACCUUCCCCACUCUGGAGGCUCCAGCUCUUGGACGGCGUUUCGAUUUUUUUUUUGGGUCGGCUCUCUUGUUUGGUUGAGAGACGUGAAAAGGCUUGGGCUUUGGGUAGCGGCUCGUGCUUGGGACUUUCAGAAGGCUUGAAAGUCUCGGGACCAAUCGAUACUGGUCUCGGUUAGGUAGACCGAGGCUCUGGUCACCUCGCACAGAUAUGGCGUUUUGGAAAAUUGCCUCCUUACCCACUUGGGCUUCACUCAUCACCUGUCCAGAUGUAUCCCUGGGCAUGGUCUUUACUGGAUAUAUCUAUGUUCUUCGGGACACACCAUAUGCUACCUAUGCUCUCAUGGUUUAUUGAUAAUCACUAGAUAAAUAAGAAUGAACACAUCCAUGAUGGAUGGACACCAGCAAUACCCAUA